AUGGUUUCUUCUGGAAACAUUCUUUGCGCUGAGUGUGCAGCUGUGCUCAAAAAGGCUGGUCAAUGGCAGCGGGCGCUGUACUUGCUUUUCAACACGUCUGCCGCACUUUCGGUGACCCCGAACCAGGUGAGCUUCAAUGCGGGCUUGAGCGCUUGUGGAAGUGAAGGCUACUGGGAAAUGGCUCUUGAUCUUCUUCAGCACAUGGCUUCAAGGCGGUGCCCUUCCGACGAUGUCAGCUUUAACGCUUCCAUCAGCGCAUGUGAACGGGGCGGACAGUGGAGAGUGGCCUUGCAGCUCCUGAGCAGUAUGCAGCCGUCCGAGAUAGCCCCUGAUGUCAUCAGCAUGGAUGCAGCCAUCAGCUCCUGCGAAAAGUGCUCACAAUGGGAGCAGGCGUUGCAGCUGCUUUGGGAUAUGCCGAGCGCACGACUGCAUGCCAACGUGAUCAGCUUCAACGCAGCCCUCAGUGCCUGUGAGAAGUCUUCUUUCUGGGCAAAGGCACUACAACUCUUUGCAACGAUGUCCUCAGGCGCUGUAGAGCCGGAUCUGAUUUCGUUCAACAGCUGCAUCAGUGCUUGCGGUAGUAGUUCCGAGUGGCAGAUGGCUGUGCACUUGUUGUCCCUCAUGCCGGUGUCGCGGAUACCCCCAGACAGAAUCAGCAUCAACGCUUGCAUCAGUGCUUGCGAAAAGGGGUUUGAAUGGCAGCUCGCACUCCACCUGCUUUCGUCAAUCCCAAUACCCGACGCAUACAGCUUUAGUGCCGCCAUCAGUGCCUGUGAAAAGUCACUGCAGUGGCAGAUGGCGACCGCGCUGUUGGAAACUAUGCUGACUCGGGUGGCCCCUCACGCGGUCGCCUUCAAUGCAGCGAUCUCUGCUUGCGAGAAGUGCUCGCGGUGGCAGUCUGCUCUAUGUCUCUUUUCGGAGAUGCCAGCAGCGGCGGCCAGCCCCACGGUGAUUAGUUUCAACGCCACCAUCACUUCCUGCGAAAAUGCCUCUCUCUGGCAGGAGAGCGUGCACCUCUUCGAUACCAUGAAGGACAGCCGCAUCUCGCCGAGUCUCGUCUCCUUCAACUCCGUCCUUAGCUCGGCAGAGAGGGCAGGGCAGUGGCAGGCGGCCGUCUUCCUUUUCGAGGAGAUGGCAGAGAAUGCACUUCUACCGGACACCAUCAGCUUCAAUGCCGUGAUCCCUGCUUGCACCAGUGGCCUGCAAGGGCAGCGCGUACUGAUGCUUCUGUCCACUCUGUCCAGCCUAUCUGAUCGGACGCUUCGAAAGGAAUUCAAGAGAGGGCUUCGGGCGGUGGGCCUGUUACAAUCUCUGGAAGCCGCCCGAGCAGCAAACAUCUUUAGCUAUGGUACAGCAAUCCGAGCCUGCCAGAAGUGUACCCAGUGGCAGGUCGCGGCACAAAUCCUGGCUAAUAUGGCCACGAGCGGAGUUGAGGCAAACGAAGUUGCCCCUGAGUCGGAGAAUGGAUAG